GGAGGGAUUGAGAGAGUGGAAGCAGAGGAAGAGGGGAGAACAUAUUUGAACGUGAAAAGAGAGGAAGAGAGCAGCUUCUGAAAGAGACAGGUACCAGAGUGCAGGACCAUGAGGGCUGGGUUCGGAUCGUAUUCUCUCCUGCUCCUCCUGCUGUGUCCCGUCCUGUUGGGCCAACGGAGUCCCCAGCGACGACCCAAGAAGCCACCACGCCCCGCCGUCACCCGGAAACCACCGGUGCCCGCGGCCCCCGCGGCGCCAGAGGCAAUGGAGCCGGCCGAGCCCACCGACUUCCCCCCCCCCAUCCUGAACCCCCCCUCGCCGUACGACAACUGCCCACGGGAGUGCAGCUGCAACCCCAUCUACCCCCACACCCUCUACUGCGAGAACCGCAACCUCCGCCGGGUCCCCCAGAUCCCUCCCGACAUCUACUACCUCUAUCUGAGGAACAACUACAUCGACGAGGUGACCGCCGACGCCUUCAAGAACGCCACUGACCUCAAGUGGGUCGACCUGGCCAACAAUCGCGUGCGACGGGUCGACCGCGAGGUCUUCAAGAAGAUCCCGAACCUUCUCUAUCUGUACAUGGAACGGAACCAAAUGAAGGAAAUCCCCACCGACCUGCCCGAGAGCCUAGAACAGCUCCGUCUCAGUCGGAACCAGAUCUCCAAGAUCCCGGCCGGCGCCUUCAACAAGCUGGAGCACCUGGUGCUGUUGGACCUCCACCACAACCGCAUCAGCGACAGCAACCUGGGCAAGAACGUCUUCAAGGACCUGAAGAACCUCAUGCAGCUCAACCUGGCGCACAACAUCCUGCGCAAAAUGCCUAGCAACGUCCCCACUGGCAUCUUCCAGCUGUUCCUGGACCGGAACAACAUCGAGGACAUCCCGCAGGACUACUUCAAGGACUUCAACAACCUGGCCUUCAUCAGGCUCAACUACAACCAGCUGAACGACAAGGGCCUGCCCAAGAUGGUGUUCAACAUCAGCAGCCUGAUGGACUUGCAUCUGGCGCACAACAAGCUCAGCGUGGUGCCGCACUUCAACGGCCGCCUGGAACACCUGCACCUCAACGACAACCAGAUCGAGCAUUUAAACGGCACAGAGAUCUGUCCUCAUAGUGCGUUGGCGAACCCGGAGGACAGUGGUGCAGUGCCCAGACUGAGGUACCUACGCCUGGACGGGAAUCACCUGAGUCCACCCAUCCCCAUGGACGUCAUCACAUGCUUCAGACACCUCCACUCCAUCGUCAUCUAGAGUCGCUAGCAAGAAAAACACACACACACACACACACACACACACACACAAUACAAACAAAUACA